UUCGCUGCAAACUACGAAUGCAAAUACAAGUCCAAUCAAUUUUCAUAAAUUGCGGACAAUGGACACCAAUUUAGGAACCCAAGUGAAGAUCAUGAAUUCGAUCGACAACAAAUUGACAAGCGCACCACAUUCAAUACAAAAGUCCAGCCUAAACCAACCGAGAGAUGCGGCCACGCAAGUUUUGCUCACUUGCAAUAAUAUUGAAACUGAUAUAUCUUUCGCGCCUAUAUUCGAGAACCAAUCGGCUGGAAUCAUAAGUGGGGAUAUUGCCUUUUAUAAGCCAUGCGGAAUGAAUACAGAAUCACUGAAACUGGAAACGACUCACGUCAACAAAAGGUCUGUGAUGACGUCGAAAAGCAACAUCGUUGACACCCCAAAGACUGGCUCGACGGCAUCAAAACCAAAGAAGAAAGUAUCAGUGAAGAUUUCUACUCCAGAACAAAUAUUGAACGAUAUCAUUAAAACAGACUUGGCCACUGAAACGGUCACGCCCCGUUUGAAGCGUACAGAGCCCAAUAUCAUGUCUAUAUCGUCAGCCGAGAUGCUGCCGGUGGCUGUCGUCACUUCAGACUCGGAUCUGCCCCCCACUGGUGGUCAUACUGCAAAGUCAACGGUGAGCUGUCAGUGCGAGACUAGCCAAUCUCUCAAGUGUCGCUGCAAUGAUUGCAAAACUGUUUCUGCUGCAGAAACGUUACAAGUAAGUAAAUCAACAGCGCCACAAGAUACGGCAACUGAAGAUAGAAGCAUUGGACCAUGCCAAGAUAGCCAAGAAUUUAUGUAUGAGAAAACAACGUCAACUCAAAAUGAUACAGACAUCAAACAGACUCGGGAGCUGUCGACCCAGGCCCUUAUUAAUCAGUGGUACCAGUCGCAAAUGCUUGUGGAUACAGGGACAGCUCCAAUUGCCGUAGAAAACAAGUCUACUUUAGUGCUAACUCCAGUUGAACAAAAUUCUGCUUCAGUAGUCACGUCACUAAACAAGAAAACACAGUCUACCAAUCUAGAAAAGGGUAGUGAAACAACCGUGCAACAUGCGUCUGUAGCGAUCAACACGAACUUGGGCGUAGAAAGAAGAUCUGUCGGUCAGUCAUUAGCUGAUGUUUUCUCGAGGAAAACAUUGCACAAAUCUAUGAUCGAUACCUGGGCGCAGUACAGUCAUAUUUUGGAACAAAGCAAUGAAAAACAUUCAAUUAAGUCGGCUCGCAUCGGGCACAGUAAGCUGAUUUCGUCCCAACCGCUGAACGCGUCUUCAAUUGGAUCGAGAGCGACCCGACGAACCUACUACGAUAAUGAAACAGAGCCGAUCCUGAUGCCUCCACACAACUCCAUCGCAGUGAUGACCUCAGGGCCCUUCGACGAAGCCUGCGACACUAAAGAACUCGCAGAACAAGUUUUGCUAUGCGGUUGUGCUCGACUUGGAUGUGAUAUAGAAACUAACACGCUCUCAGACGUCAAGCUUAUUCAAAAUACGAAUUGCUCCACCCAAAUAUACCCAAACCGGCGUAGCCAGAAUUUAGAUAAGAGCAUCAGCUGUGCCGACCAAGGGGACCGCAUUAUCAAUACCAGUACUUUCAACCAGGGGCUGUAUUUCCCAGAGCGUUCGACUGCAGAUCAACUAAGUGCCUUGUCCCACCUCAUCGGCCAGCCAAUAUCCUCGCAGAUGACGUCAGACGCCAGCACCAUCCUGUCCAGCAACCUGGACGCUGCUAAGUGGAUCAAGAGAUGCACUAAUGCAGAUAAAGAAUACCAAUCCCUACUUGACAUAGAACAGUCCACGUUGGAGACUCUGAAGCAAGCGUCGCUUUCUAUUGCCAGCUCUAACAAAUCAUCGAGGUCAACUAAAAAGUCACUCAAAAUUGUGAAGUCAAAACAGAGCGUGGUAUGCAGUAUGAAUACAGUUGCAGUGGCAACGCCUCCACCUCAAAUGGGAUCAGUAUCAGAUGACAGUUUAGCUGACGUUUUACCAAUAAGUUCCGUCACCAAAAAAAUAUCACCGCCGAACACGCUCAAGAAAACUUCAGACAAAUUCACUUCAGAUGAUGUAUUAUCGAAGAAUUUAAAAGAAUCUAUUCUCCAAACUUGUCCAGAUAUUUCUGACGCAGCAACUGACACGAUAGUACCGAAUACGGAUUACCUAAAGUCUGCAAGCGCUCUGACGUCAAAGUGUGUUUUACCGGUACCGUCGAUUUGUAGUCAAAGCAAUGAGAAUUCUGAUUGUGUGUUCGUAUACGACAAGCCACGCUGUGCAGUACAUAAGCAACGUAUUGAUGCAUCGGUACAGAUGUCGCAUAAGCAAAACUAUGGAAGUGAUGACAAAGGCCCAAAUUGUCGAGAGCAUGCGAUAGAUCAAAUGGACAUGGACGUGUAUCCCUCGGGCAGCACUUACGAGCAGAGACAUCAGGGCAACAACGUGGUUGCUGAAGUACUGACGCCUAAAGCAGAGUACGUAUUCGCGUACGACACGCCACGGGCGUCACUGGAGGACUCUACGCAAACGUGUUCCAACUGCCACGCCAGGCUGCUGGAGAUACCACCGUAUUUCGACUCAGAUUUCGUCGAGGAGCGUAUGAAGACCCAGCUAGUGGGUUCUUGCAGAUACUACAGCAACUUGUUGACUAAGCGUUUGGGCCGCGUAAAAGAAAAAGUAACGAAACGCCUGUCGCCGCCACCUACCGAGCAAUGCCUGUACUUCUCGACCGUCCCAAAGCUGUCCUACGCCGAAGCUUGCACCAUGAAGCCGAGCGGUCGCGAGGACCUGGGCUGCCAAACGAUAAGGAACCAUAUGCCAAGCCACCAUAGGGCCGAGUUUUCCAGGCCUAUGUCAUGUUGUGCAUUGUCACCGAGCCUCACGAACAUCUGUGGGGGCACAGACAAGAACCAUUUGAAGUCUGUGUACUACAUGCUAUCAGCAAUAGAGGGCAGGAUUAGACGCCUAAAGAGAAAUAUCCCCAACUGAAUGGCACCAUUCCUCUUCACGAGCUUAAACCGUUUGUUCUUGAUGCCGCUAGAUGGCGGUAACAGAAGUUAGCCUUCUCCUUCAGAACAAACUUGCAUCACUUGGAAGAACUUUCUUUGUAAUGCCGAUAGAUGGCGGUAACAUUGGAAAAGAUUUUAAUUCCAGAAUCAGUGAAAAAUUUAUAAUGCCUUCUUUCCAUUUUAUCAUCCCACUAAAUGUGAUGCUGUAUCGAUGCAUACUGGAUGUUUACGGUUAUCAAUUGUUAGUAACAAUGUCAGUUUUGUGGUAAAGUGAAAAAUAAACAUGUAUAAAGUUUAUCCUGUUUUAUUUUGAAGUGUAAUCUGGCGCACAAUCACGGAAUAUUUUUAGUCUCACUCCUUGUUUAGGAACUUCAAAAACAAAAGACGGCUUUUCUAGGCGGGAAAAGCAUUUACAUAAUUAUUAUAGAACUGAUUACCUACUGAUUCACUAGAAUAUCAUUCCGUUCGUUUGUGAACUGUUCCAAAAUGUAGCGAACCCAGUCCCUUAUAAUCGACUAUUUGUAUUCUCACUUAAAUAUCUAUCAUAUAAAACUUCAAAUUUUUAUUUGCAAAAUGGAAUGUGUAAAACGGAGUGAGACAGAACAUAAACAAUUAACCGGACUAAAUUGACAUCUGUGACCAUUAUUUUCAGUACAAUAAUAUUUUUUGCUAAAAUUUACAUAGAGAACUUUACAUUACGAAAUUACUCAAGUAACAAUAUAAUUAUUAAUUAUUAUAAGCAGUUCUGUUAUAAACUCUGGAGCGUUAAGGUGAGUAUAGACUAGAGCAUUUACUUGUAACAGAAGAACGAGUAGCGAGCCGCUCUAUGCAAUGUCUUGUCAUCUAGUCCCAUUUUUUUUUUAAUUAUAAAUAACUUGAAAAAAUUGAACUGCCUAAAGCGGGAAUUGAACCCAUGACCCUCUUCCAACUGAGCUACUUAGACACUGGAUGAACCCGUCGCAAUUUUUAAAUUUAAUACGUGGUUACGGCCAGCGUUUGUUUCAUCAAUCUUGGGUAUACCUACCCCUAAACAUCAAACAUAAAUAUUGUUUAAAAUUUAACUGUCAGUUAAGAUGAAACAGCUCUUUACAUAGUUAUUUCAUUUUUAGCGUUAAGAGUCGCAUGAUCGCAUCUCAAACUAAUUUAAUUAAUUAAUUAGUUUGAGAUGCGACUCUUAACGCUAAAAAUUAAAUAACUAUCUAGCGUCAUGUCACGAAACAACCAUUUUCUCUUUUACCGUUAUUUUACCAUACCUUCAUUACAUAGAAAUGCUCUAGUCUAUACUCACCUUUAGUAUUAUACAAACACCUACCGAUAUAAAACAAAACAAAUAAAAAAUCUUUUUUCUUUGCCCUUUCCGAUACAACAAGCUAUAUACAAAUACACAGACACAUUCCCUGUAUAGCACACGAAUCUUUACAGCCACUUCCUUAACAAAAAAAACACCCCUUUUAAAUGUGUGCGUCAAUAAACAAUACACAUAGAGAAAGACGGUAAAUCUUUAAUAGGUGUUAGGAUGAUUUUCACACAAAUCAUGAUCAAUGUCCGUAGUCUACUCACAAUACUAACUGUACUUUCUAUUUGUACUGCAAGAUUUUUUUUAUGCAUAACAAGGCAGUUAUUUGACCACAAUCGCACCUGAUGUUAAGUGGGAUGUAGUCUAGGAUGGUACAUAUCUGCCCUGUAAGUGCCUAUUCACUCUCGCCUUGAAAAGGACCGGAUUAUAGUCUUCGGGAAAGACAGCAGCAGGUCCAAGAUUAUUUUAGACGUUUACUUCCUUCUAAAUGUAUAUCAUAUAGUGGCGCUUGCUAUACUGAUUCACACUUUUUUCAAUAUCUAAAUAAGUGGGAAGCAGUAUUCAUUACAACACAUAAAAAUUACCGAUAAACCUCAUCAUGAUUAUUAUCAAACAAUUUAAGAUGAUAAACAGCAAAUGUAAAAAACAAAUUUUCAAAGAUAUUUACAAACUGCGAUAAAUUUCACAGUAUUUAUUGCAUCAUAGAUUAGGGUUAUUAAAAUUAUAUACAAUCAGUCAACAUAGCUUAGAAAUACAUUAACAAGUGAAUAAAAUAAAUUAAUGAUUGUCUUGUCUAUUCUAAAAGGAUUAUACA